GAGAGGAAAAAAGCUCAUCGAUAUCAAAUUAUUUUAUUAAAUAGAUUAUUUUCUUCAACUCGGUUUUGUGGCUUGCUAGUCAAAGAACACUGUUGUCUUAGUUUGUGUGUUUUGUACUUUAUCAGAGAGAGUGAAAAGGACCUUUCUUCUUCUUCUCCUCAUCGCUCUUUAGUUGCCUCUCGUAUCUCAUCAACACCCAUCAUCUCUCUCUCUCUCUUAUAUUCUUCUUCGCUCUGUUUCUUGAUAUCUCUGUUCUACACAACCACAGUUCAAGAAGCUACUUGUUGUCAGAAAAGAGCAAACACAAGCUUGCUUUCAUUGUCUAGAAAUGGGUUCUUGCCUCAGCUCUCGUGUCAAUAAUAAGAGCAGUGGUCUCUACGACCUCCACCUCUCGAGUGUUCAAUCAUCAUCAUCAGCGGCUCACAGGAGAGAAGGAGAGAUACUCAGCAAGGCGAACGUCAAAAGCUUCACCUUCAACGAACUAAAACUCGCGACCAGAAACUUCAGAUCGGACUCUGUUGUCGGAGAAGGCGGGUUUGGUUCUGUCUAUAGAGGUUGGAUCGAUGAGACGACUCUCACUCCGACUAAAUCUAGCUCCGGUCUUGUAAUUGCUGUCAAGCGUCUUAACCCUGAUGGGUUCCAAGGUCACCGAGAAUGGCUGACAGAGAUUAACUACUUGGGGCAGUUAAGUCACCCGAACUUAGUUAAACUGAUUGGUUACUGCUUGGAAGAUGAGCAAAGACUACUUGUGUAUGAGUUUAUGCACAAGGGUAGUCUUGAGGAUCAUCUCUUCACAACUGGUGUGAAGUGUAAGCCGCUCUCUUGGACCUUACGGGUUAAGGUUGCGCUUGAUGCAGCUAAAGGUCUAGCGUUUCUUCAUAGUGACCCUGUUAAAGUCAUAUACCGAGACAUAAAGGCCUCUAACAUCUUGCUUGACUCGGACUUCAAUGGAAAACUUUCAGACUUUGGGUUAGCCAGGGACGGUCCAAUGGGAGAAACAAGCUAUGUCAGUACAAGAGUCAUGGGUACAUUUGGCUAUGCUGCUCCUGAGUAUGUGUCCACAGGUCACUUGAAUGCUAGAAGUGACGUGUACAGUUUCGGAGUUGUGCUUCUAGAAAUACUAUCUGGGAGGCGAGCAUUGGACCAUAACCGACCAGCCAGGGAGCACAACCUUGUGGACUGGGCUAGGCCGUACCUCUCAAGCAGGCGAAAGGUUCUACUAAUUGUGGACUCUCGUCUUGAGUCACAGUACAAACCUGAAGAGGCAGUGAGAUUGGCAAGCAUUGCUGUGCAGUGCAUCUCGUCUGAACCUAAGUCAAGACCGACCAUGGACCAAGUGGUCCGAGCCUUGAUACAGCUGCAGGAAAGCAUGGCUAAACCGGCUAAAGUUGACCCGGGUAAAGAUACCAAGAACGUUGUGGGAUUGAAAACGGAAGACAAGUACCAGAAAAAGGGUUUAAACAAAAAGACCAUUGGUUUGUAGUAGGUAGAUUAUAAGGAUGUGGUUAGGUCUCAUGUCUCCUCGUGUGUUUGUAAUAUUGCGUGUAGUGAUUUUGUGACACUAGUUGUAGUUUUGCUCCUGAUAUGGAGAUUUUUUUCUUUCUUGUUUUCUCUGUCUAUUUGAUUAGAUACAUAGUUUAAUUUUUAUUUUCUAUGUCAUCUCUCAUACAAGUUUUGUUUUGUGUACC